CACUGUCUUCCUUUUCGUUUCGGCUAAGAGCAACUGAGGAAGAGUAAAAAUGGCGUCGGCAAGAGAAUGGAUUGAAGGAGACGAAACGGCGAAGCAGUUUCUCACUAGGGUUUUUUCAAAGCGACCUUUUCUACCAUUGCCUCCACCUCUUCAUCGCAUUCCUCUUCGUCCCGGCAAUGUUGUCGAAAUCGUCGGUCCUUCUCCUUCUUCAAAAACUCGCAUUCUUAUGCAGGCUGCUAUUAAUUGUAUUUUGCCUAAGGAGUGGAAGGGUGUAAAUUAUGGAGGCUUGGAGCGAUUAGUUAUGUUUGUUGACCUGGAUUGUCGUUUUGAUGUGUUAAGCCUUUCACAAUCACUGAAGCAGCGGAUCAUUCGAGCAAAUGGCAAUGGUGUAGGCCACAAGCUAAAUAAGGUGGAUGAUUCUCCAAGUGGAUCAAAGGAUGCACACACAGAAUAUGACAAAGAAUUGCUUGCUGUCAGCAUGAGAAGGUUCUUGUACAUCCGAUGUUAUGAUAGUUUUGAAUUUCUUGCUACUCUUAAGACGAUGCAUUUCCAACUUCAAAAGGAAAAAGAGGCACAUGGCAGUGGUGUUUAUAUGCUUAUGAUUGACAGUAUUGGAGCUUUUUAUUGGAUGGAUCGCGCUUCCCCAUCUAUUCCACCAGGGAGCAAUAACAGGAGAAGUCUCUCUUUGCAAAGUGUGUCAGACAUUGCUGUUCAAGAGAUCCAGAAGAUUCUUGUGGUGCAUCCGAUGCUUGUUCUAACUACAAAAGCAGCAAGUUUACAGGAUAAAUUUACAUCUCGCGAAGUUAUUAGGAGUACAGGGCAGUUGUCUGUUGAGAGUAACUUUGACUCAAGGACCAUAAGGAGUAGUACUAAUGCUCAACUGUAUCGGGAGUAUAUGCCUUCAAUAUGGCAGUCCUUUGUUUCACACAGAAUACUUGUGCACCCUUCAGAUAGUAAAUAUCAAAAGCAGCCCAUCUAUUUGUCGGAAUGGCUGUUGCCAUCACUGAAGUUAUCAGACAAAUUCACAAUCAAUGAUGAUGGCACAUACCUCGUAUCAUGAAAUUCACAUGAUUUUGAACUGGCCUUUCGACACACUGAUUCAUGAUUGCUCCCAUAACUCGAGGUCAAGCAUUUAAAUUGAAACCCAAGAUGAAAUUCCAAAAUGUCACUUGCUCAUCUGGCAGUAGUAUCAACUGAAGUGUGAUGCAACAUGGAAGCUUUCUACCUAUUCAGAUUCUGGAUAGACAAAAUUCCAGGCAGAAAUAUUGGGACUUUUCUCAAUAUGGUCAUUUGUAGGACUAAAGGUCUUUGCAAGUUCUAGCAACCUGAGAGAUGAUGACAUCCAUCUACUUUCCACCAGCCAAUGUAAAUGACAACCAAAGCAAGAAAGAAAAGAUGUUAAUAGUUCUCGCGUAACUUGAUGACUCUUGAGAUAUUUUCUGAGUUUGUGACACAAAUCUGGAGAAGAGGAAAAACCUGGACAGUGAAGCAGAAGAUGGAGAAAGAAGUUAAAGCUGCAUUUUUUCAAAUUGGCAAUCUUUCGUAUUGCUGUUGUGAUGUUUUGUAUAUAAGAUAAUAACUAGGCAUGUCAAGAAACCUUGUUGGGGGAGUUGUUAGGAUAUAUGCUGUGUUUUUAGAUAAAUUAAUGAAACAACUCUGCACAAGAGCUGUUGAAAACUUCAUUGGCUCGACGUACUGACCAAAAUGGUCAUUAUUUGCAUCAAGCAAAUGAAUGCAAGACAUGCAUGUAGAGACAUGCAUCUAUCCUA